GUCGAUUCAAGUUUCUCAACAAGAGAGCCACUCUCCGAUCGGGCUCACCUUCAUUUUUCAUGGCUUCUCUGCAUAAUUACAACACCACCUUCGGAAAUUCAUAAACCUAUCGACAGAUUUAACUCAAACGAUGCUUAUCGAUUGGAAUUGAUCAAAUAUUCUUAUCGCUAGCAACUUAGGUCAUACAUCCAAGAUGGAGGAAGAGAUGAUUUCUCUGCGUAACAUCAUGCCCGUGGAGCUUGCAAUCAAAAGGGAGCUAGAGUAUCGUAAGAAGAUGGAUGUAUCAAGAAACCAACGUCAAAAUGACUUAAAACCCCUUGUACUCACGCAGGGCCCACCAACUCAACCUGGGAAAGAAGACAUCGAGUUGGCAGCAAAAGUCUCUCGAAAGUCUCCAAUGCCACAGUUUUCUUCAAGCUGCCGAACCUUCCAAGAACAACUUGCGUUUUCUUGCAAAGCUUGUCAGUUGACCUUCGCUACUGUUUUUCACCUUAGCGGUCACUUUGUAGGUCAACAACACAAAGUCAACGUAUCUCUAAUGAAGAAGAGGAAAGAGGCCAUAAGUAACCCGAUAUGGUGUGAAUUAUGUAGAUCUUCAUGCUCAAGUUUAAGCGAAAUGGAGCGUCAUCUUAAUGGGUCAAGGCAUAAUUCAUUGGUCUCGGAGUUUAAGAAUGGAGAUUUAGCCACAAAUUGUAAAGGGAAAAAACAAUAAACCAGAAACCCAUUGGUCAUGAAACCGUUCUUGGUUCAGCCAUCGUUCAAGAUUCACCACAAAUAGGUUAGUUGUAGAUGUCUUAAUGAUUCUAGCAUUUACAUUAGGUCUUUGAGAUCUUAGUGCAAAGAGCUUAUUCAAUAAGAUAGAUUAUUAAGUCAAAUCAUUCUCUAUUCAUAGUUUGAUC